AUGGCAACCACUCUCGCAGAUCACAUUGCCUUGAGCAAAGUCGGCAUACAGUAUGUCUCCUCACACAAGCCUCAGCGUAUGGGAAACGCGGCACCCAUUGCCUACGGAGGCUAUGACAUCGGUCUCGGAAUCCAUGCCGCGUACAAAACCGCCCCAGCCGGGUUUCAUCUCUAUUCCGCCAUGGGUCACUAUCUCCGGGCCGUCAGCACCGAUGCACAUCUAAUCUGUACUCCGACCGAACUCCGCAGUACCAGGAACUUUGUGACCUACCGUGUUCUUGUCGAGCAAAAGGCCCAAUCGUCAGACAAACCACGAUUAUGCAUGGAGCUUCUGGUCGAUUUCCACAAGGAUGAACCAUCUCUCCUUAAUUACUCCACCCAACCCACUCAAUCAUACACUCACUGGCAAAACUGCCUCCCCUGGGACUCAGUGGUUGAAGACCACUGGCGCAAAGCGGGAAAAAUCGCCGAAGAAGAUUUCAAAACGUUCAACACCCUCUUCGGCCUUCCUCGAAACCUCUACGAAUCUCGUCCAUGUCCCGAAGGCAUCACGGGUCAAAAUUUAAUGGGAAUGGUCAAAACCACCCAAACCACCCAGGAUCAUCUAUCCCCAACAGCAAAGACUUCGGCGGAUUGGUUCCGAGCGAAACAUCCUUUGCCAACAGAAGGAGAACACAUAGCCAGUUUGGGGUUCAUAAUGGAUGGAUUACUAUCCUUUCUACCAUUGACGCACAAUCAUAUGUUUUUCGAUGACGCUGAUGCAUGUUCUAGCUUGGACUUCGCUUUUCGGGUUUUCUCGCCUAAUCCCAAGGUGGAUGAGUGGCAUUUGAGGGAGGUUGUUAGUCAUCGUGCUGGGUAUGGUCGGACUUAUAGUGAGAGCAGAGUGUGGGAUGAGAGGGGGGUUUUGGUGGCUUGUAUGACUCAGCAGUCGAUUUUGCGGGUUCCAGGGAGUGCGAAGAUAUGA